CUACUUUCUGUUAGCCAUAUCACUCAGGCAGAAUAUUCUCUUGACUUUAAAGAUAAAAAGUGCCAUAUUUUUAAUAAGAAGCAUCAUCAAAUCAGAUUAAUACCUUAUAUCAAUGGGCUAUAUAGACUUUAUGUACAGACAUCCCACCUAGAAACCUAUCAUAUUGAUGAUGGACCAUAUAUUAUCACACUGAAUGAACUACAUUGUUUGAUAGGUCAUCUCUCUAUCAAUACAGCAAAAAAGCUUAUCAAGGAUCAAUUAGUUGAUGGUCUAAAACUUGAUAAAGGAAUUUCUACCUCAAAGGAGCAAUACCCAUUAUAUCUUCAUGGUAGAAUAAUGAGAAAAGUGAUGUCUAAGACCAGAGAAAAUAAUGCAUCAGAGAGAGUAGAUGAUCAAGUCCACAGUGAUAUAUGGGGACCAGUGAUAAUUGAGACACUCCAGCAUAAAAAAUACUAUGUCACAUUUACAGAUAAU